UGUUCAAAAAAAAUGUUAAAUAGAAAUUAAAGAAAGAAAAAGAGAAAAAAAAAACAAAUUGAGAAGAAAAGAAGAAAAGCAGCGUCGUAGAGACGCGAAGUUAAACAACAGGUCAGAGAAUAAAUAGAAAAACCAAAACCCUUUAGCGUCUCCCAAAUCCUCUCAAUCCUCUGCUGCUCAAUCUCUCAUCAUCGGCAUCGCUCUCUCUAAAAAUGUCUCAGAUGGAUCCCGACGCUGUAUCUAAGGCCUUCGUCGAACAUUACUAUUCCACCUUCGACACCAACCGUGUCGGUCUCGCUGGUCUCUAUCAGGAAGCUUCUAUGCUCACCUUCGAAGGUCAAAAGAUCCAAGGAGUCCAGAGCAUCGUCGCUAAGCUCACCUCUCUUCCUUUCCAGCAGUGCAAGCAUCACAUCUCCACCGUUGAUUGUCAGCCUUCUGGUCCUGCUUCCGGUAUGCUCGUUUUCGUCUCCGGUAAUCUCCAGCUCGCCGGAGAAGAACACGCUCUCAAGUUCAGCCAGAUGUUUCAUUUGAUGCCGACGCCACAAGGAAGCUUUUACGUGUUCAACGAUAUAUUCAGGUUGAACUAUGCCUGAACAGAAAUCAGAUUGUUGUUAGCAUACAUCAUUGUUGCAUUUCUAUACUAUUUGAGCAAAUCCUUCUAUCAAUUUUUCUCGUCUUUUUCUUGUUAUUCCCAGAUGAUUUACCUUGGGAACAGAGGAAUAUUGUCUCUCAUCAUGUAUUUGGUUUGGAUUGUUUGUUCAUUUGUCAUUACAAUCUAUUGACUUUAUAAGACAAUUUGAAUGGUCAUUUGGCUCUUGUUCUUUCUGGGAAUAUGCUUUUAAUCCGAAUAUAUUUGGAUGGUCCAAGCUUGGCCUGUUAAUGUGUCUAAAGGUUAACUCUUAUCUAUUGCAAGACUUGCAAGUAGUUUCAAUGAACACCUCUCUAUGUAUAAAUAAAGCC